AUGGCCUUUCGUCGGCGGACUGACGUCAUACGGCGCUGGUCGUCAUUAAAGGCGUUCCUGGGUCGCGCGCUGGGCCCGAGGGCCGCUACCGGGCCUUUCGAGGCUGUACCGAAAAUCACAAAGCGCGGGCAGGGAGCGGCAUCAGGGUCAAGUCGGCGCGGUGCUAGGGCGGGAGAAAUGCCAAUCGCUCAGGGGAAGGCAUUGAAUCGCCAGGAAAAUCAUUUCCCUGCCCUGCGCAGAUCAGUGAAGGCGCUGAGGCGGGUGGGAAAUCGAGGGGCUCUGCUGGAGCUCCGGGUGGAGCGACGUCCACUGUGUGCCAGACGGGACCAGAGCCCUUGA